AUGGUGCCUCGUUGGUUUGUGGUCUGCUCCGUCGUGCUGUUCGCGAGGCCGGUACACCUUCAAGGCGCGCAGCAAUGCCCUCCUCCAAACACCAUAACACCCUGCUCUUGUACCGUUAAGAAAAAUGGAUUGGAUAUUUUGUGUGAAUUCACUGAGCAGCAACAUAUUCAAAAGGCUAUGAACACGCUCCGAUCGAAGCCCAUGAUAAUAUUUUACUUGAAGCUCCGUCACAACAACCUAGCAAAGUUGCCGUCAUACAUAUUUCUGAGUUUGGAUAUACGCCACCUAACUGUUCACAACAGUAGUUUAGCUGUUAUUGAAGACUCCUCUUUGAGUUCCAUCGGCAACAAGUUAACACAGCUUGACGUGUCCCAAAACAAUCUGGCGACAAUUCCGACAUCGUCCUUCACGCAUCUGAAUCACCUGCUUAUACUGAACAUGAAUCACAACAAGGUGACUGCUAUCCACAACAAAGCAUUUUUGGGUCUGGAUACAUUGGAAAUUCUUACUUUAUAUGAAAAUAGAAUAUCUGUCGUCGACGGCGAGGCUUUUAAGGGCUUAGAAAAGAAGCUGAAACGGUUAAAUCUUGGAGGAAACGAAUUAACAGCGGUGCCACAAAAGGCUUUAGCUCUGCUCGAGAAUUUAAAGAAACUUGAAAUGCAGGAAAACCGUAUUACGUCCAUUUCAGAAGGCGAUUUUGCAGGCCUACGUAAUCUGGAUUCCCUCGGGCUUGCCCACAACCAGCUACGUGAAGUACCAGCAAACGUAUUUUCUCAUUUGACAUUCCUCAACUCUCUUGAGUUGGAAGGCAAUCUUAUUCAACGGAUCGAUGAGAAGGCUUUCGCUGGACUGGAAGAAAACUUACAAUACCUUCGUCUUGGAGAUAAUCGUCUCCACGAGAUCCCAUCGGAGGCGUUGCGUCCUCUACAUCGCCUACGUCAUUUGGACCUUCGCUCGAAUAACAUUACUUACAUCAGCGAAGACGCUUUUACUGGAUACGGCGACUCAAUUACUUUCCUGAACCUCCAAAAGAACAUGAUACAUCAAUUGCCUACAAUGGGUUUCGAUAACUUGAACUCUCUCGAGACUCUCAACCUGCAGAACAACAAGUUGCAACAUAUUCCCGAGGAGAUUAUGGAGCCGAUACUCGAUACUUUGCGUGUUGUAGAUAUUAUGGAUAAUCCUCUCAUUUGCGACUGCGACCUAGCCUGGUACGAAUCCUGGCUAUCUGGUCUCCGUGAUCGUGACGACGAGAUGAUGCAGAAGAAACGCACCAUUUGCACAAUGGCCAGCGAGCACCGGGAGUACAGUGUGGCAAAGAUGCCAUUAGAGAAAAUGAGCUGCAAGCGAAAGCCCGGUUACGGUAGACCUUCCAGCGCAACAAUUAUCUCCCCGAUUUUGGCUAAUAUAAUUACCGCUGUCGUCGCUAGAUGGCUAUAG